AUGCAUUCCAUCACUUCUCAGAACAAUAAUGCUGGCACUCUUCCACCACCACCACCGCCUCCGCCGCCUCCACUGAGUGCUGGCGUGGUUCCUGCUCCUGCUUCAGCUCCCCAACCUGAACCGCCGACGGUGGCGGAACAAGGCCCUCCUGGAGCCUUCCUCGUCGAACUGUUGAUCUACAAUGGCCAUAAAGACCACUGGGCGUACUGGGUGCGUUCGCAUACUGAUAAGGAUCUUGGAGUCAAGAUCCACGCGACUGGCGAUGUGAGAAAUGGUUUCGAGUUCGAGAUUAAGCGCAGCAGCAACUUCCGCACAAACGAACUUCCUCCCACGAAGAGGAUACCGUUGCAAUGGGUUUAUGGCCAGUACUUUGAUGAAAAAGCGAUGUCUAACAACGGAGAACACAAGAUUGACAAUGUGCCUGUAUGUCAGUUCGAGGCCAGUGCGCACAAGAUUAAGGCCCCUGGGAAGAGCCUGAAUACAACUAGUGAUGCUAGCUCAUCGGCCGGAAAUGUUGGCAAGAAAGUCACACAAAGGAACUGCCAGACAUGGAUCGUCGAGUCCGCUGAGCAACUCGUCAAGGACAAUAUUAUCAGGAGAGAAAUUGCUGAUUACCUUUGCGCAAUUGAGCAGUGA